AUGGUAAAAACUAGAAGUCAUCAAGAGAACGUCGUAGUCCACCCUUACAGGAUGCCCCGAGACGACACCAGACAGCAAGCAAAUCAGAAUGAGGAAGUAAUGGAAGAAUCAUAUGUAGAUCGGUCCCAACAACCCAACCCAUCAUCAGCCAUCGAACAGCUGAAGGCCGAAAUGAUGGAACUAAAAAGGCUUAGAGAGAAAGACGCCCAUGAGUUGUCGAUCUUAAGGAAAGAAAACGGGGAGUCGUUGGGAUGGUACAAAGAAAUAAGGGCCCCAAAGUCCCCAGCAGGGAUAACGACAACUACUCUCGAUCAACAACGACGACAGGGGAAAACUCCUUUCACCCCAAACAUAGCCGAAGCCCGACUGCCCGACAAUUGGAAGAAUUUGGCACUGGAGAAGUACGACGGAACCACCGAUUCGGAAGAACACCUCGACGCAUUUGUCACCCAAGUUAGCCUGUACACUGAUGAUGAUGCCAUCAUGUGCAAAGUCUUCCCCACCUCACUCAAAGGACCGGCGCUAAAUUGGUUCACGAGACUCCCGUCCGGAUCCAUCGAUUCAUUUACAGCUUUAGCCUCUCGAUUUGUGAUCCAAUUUGCCACAAGCCGUCCUCAUCAGCUGACGUCAAUAGCAUUGGUCAACAUUCGUCAAGAGAAGAAGGAACCUUUGAGAACCUUCAUGGAAAGGUUUGGAAAAAUGACACUAUCCAUUCGCAACCUCGACCCGGCUGUAGCAAUGCACCACUUAACCACAGCCUUAAGACCCGGACCUUUCAUCAACAGCUUAUGUAAAAAGCCUCCCCUGGACCUCGACGACUUGAGGCAGAGAGCCACGAAAUAUAUGCAGAUGGAGGAACUGGCUGAGUUUCGAAGCCAAAAUCGACCUGACUUGUCCCUCACAAAGAAAGAAGCUGAGAAAGAACACAUCCCAAGGCCUCGCCCUCGGGACCUGCCCGAUAGAGAAAGAACCAACAGGGGACCCCGAUAUACACAGUACAUGCCGCUCAACGCCAGUAGGACCAAGGUAUUGGAGCAAGCAUUAGCCACUGAAAUACUAGCAGUACCACGUCAUGCCAUGACCCCGCCCCGCGCGGAUAAAACCAAGACGUGCCAGUUUCAUAGAAACCGGGGACACACCACAGAAGAGUGCACAGCCCUUCGAGAUCGCAUCGAAGACCUCGUCAAGUCCGGCCACCUUCAAAACUUCACUCAAUCCUCAGGAAGAAGGAGAUACGACGAGUCCCAUGAAAAGAGAAGAGGAAACCGUGAAAGGGCACCCCCGCGGCACCGAUCCAGGGAACGAAGCAGAUCGCCAGAGAGGAAUGACAGGAAACAAGACCAAAAUCAACCCAGGAGAGUCAUAAACACCAUUGCGGGGGGAGGAAGCACAUCCUCGGCCCGAAAGAGACACCUAAGGGCAAUCAAAUCGGUAAAUGCCGUAGGAAGGGUAACCCUCAUUCAUAUGCCCCCCAUUACAUUCACCGAUCAAGACUUCAAAGGAGUAGACCCAGUACAGGAUGAUCCAAUGGUCAUCAGCGUGGAGAUCAACAACUGCGUUGUCAAGAAAACACUGGUCGAUCAAGGUAGCUCAGCUGAUAUAUUAUAUUGGAAGACUUUCGAACAGCUCGGCAUCCCUGAGCAAGAGUUGAAACCUUACUAUGAGCCCCUGGUUGAAUUCUCUGGUGAACGAGUGGAUACACAAGGAACUAUCGACUUGUACACUUAUUUCGGCGAUGACCACCAUGGACGAAGAAUCAAAGUUCAAUAUGUCGUGGUGAACGCCAACACUUCGUACAAUAUCUUGCUGGGCCGACCAUCCCUGAACAAACUUCGGGCCAUCGUCUCUACUCCCCACUUGGCUAUGAAAUUCCCCUCGGCAGAAGGAACGAUUAUCACUCUACAUGCAGACCAAAAAAUAGCGCGUGAAUGUUACUUCGCCAGCCUUAGGAUUCAACCCACUCCCAAACCGACCUGA